AUGAAGGUUGAAGUUGUCUCAAGAAAAACCAUCAAACCCUCCAUUCCCACGCCUCACCAUCUCAGAACAUUCAAUCUUUCUGUUUUGGAUCAAGACGUUCUUGCCCUUCAUUAUGGCUCUGUCAUAUUUUUCUAUCCCUCAGACGGUGCGGUUUCGAACGUUUCACAAAAGUCUGAGUCCCUCAAAAACUCCUUGUCCAAAAUCCUACUCUAUUUCUACCCACUUGCUGGUCAGCUCAAAGAUGCUGUAACCAUCGAGUGCAAUGAUGAAGGGGCUUGUUUUAUAGAAGCUAAAUCCGGAUGCCAACUCAAGGAUUUGCUUGCUGAUCCGGAUACUGAGUUGCUUAAGUCGUUGGUCCCAUCGACUGAUCCCAAAGCCAUCCGUUCGACUUUGGCCUGCAACUUGCUCGUUCAACUCACCAGCUUCACAUGUGGUGGAACGGCAGUUGCGGUCUCGGUGUCACAAAAAUUCGCCGACACUUCGUCUUUUUGUACCUUCAUACGGAGCUGGACUGCCAUGACCGGUCGUGAAUAUGGCAGAGUGGAGUUACCGAAACUAGUUGGGGCUUCGUUGUUACCACCUUUGGAUACAACACUCAUAUCCAUUCCUCCGCCCACGACUCGAAAUUGCACGUCGAAGCGGUUCUUGUUUCACGGACCGCAAAUCACAAAUCUCAAACUCAAAGUUGCUGCUGCCAUGGGGCAUCAGCAGCACAAUAUCACCGACGCGGAAAUCGUGCUGGCACUCGUACUGAAAUGCGCUGCCGCCGCUGCCUAUUCUCAUGGAUCAUCCUCUCGGUCUCGGCAAUCCGCGUUGCUAAACGUGGUGAACUUGCGGAAAAGAAUGGUUCCACCAUUACCAGGAAACACAAUAGGGAACUUGAUUCUGAAAUACGCAGUGAUGUUCGAUGAGGACGAUGUGGAACUCCAUCAACUAGUUUCCAAAAUGAAGAACGAGUUCGCCAAUGUUUGCAAUGAGAAGGUGAAGGGAAUCAAAAGCAAGAAAGGGUACAAAGAAAUUCGAGAGAUUCGUAAACAGAUUGCUCAGCUCUUGAAUGGCAAAGUCAAAGACAUCAACAACCCUUAUACUUGUACCAACUUAUGCGGCUAUCCAUUUCAUGAGAUGGAUUUUGGGUGGGGAAAGCCGAUAUGGGUGACGAGUCCGAGUAAUUUCAAGAACAUGAUAGUGUUGCUAGAUUCGAAAUGGGGAGGCAUAGAAGCUUGGGUGACAUUGGACGAAGUAGAUAUGGCCAUGUUCGAGCGUAACAAUGAGUUAUUGGCAGUUGCUUCGUUAAAUCCUACUGCCCUUAUAAAUUACAGCCGCAUCUGA